GUUCGGGAUUUUCUUAACUUAAUUCGAGAAAGAAUAUGCGGAGCCGAAGAAGAGAACGCGCGCGAGAAGCAGAACACGAUGAUGUUGAUUGGGCGGUGGAGGCAGCCCUGCAACGCCUCGUUUCUAUGUUCUCUGGGGAAUUUCGUCGAACACCUUCCGCUUCCAACUUCCUUAUCAGUUCGUCCGACCAGAAUCCAGGGGAAAUCUGUGUAUGCUGUCGGCAUUCGCAGCUCUUCCUACUUCGAAGCGUUGAAUUCCCGCCAACAGGACCAGAUUAGACUCUAUGUCGAUACUCUUCUUCAAUGGAACCAGAAAAUGAAUCUCACUGCGGUCACGAGCGUCGAUGAAGUCAUGGAGAGGCAUGUGGAGGACUCGCUUGCGCUGAUUCCUCCGAUAAACCACUCCUACUCUUCAAACUGCAGUGGUUCAGUUGACAGCCUGAGUGUCGUUGAUGUUGGCACAGGACCCGGGCUUCCGGGAUUGAUUUUGGCAGCCGCUUGUCCAGGUUGGAAAGUAACACUGAUGGAAUCCAUGAAAAAGCGCUGUGAUUUCUUGGAGCACGCAGUAGACAUCACUGGGUUAUCCAAUGUUCAAGUUGUCAGGGGUAGAGCAGAGAACUUAGGGCAGGAUGUUUCCUUCAGAGAACAGUUUGAUGUAGCGGUGGCUAGAGCAGUUGCCGAAAUGAGAAUUCUAGUGGAGUACUGCCUGCCUCUGGUUCGUGUUGGAGGGCUGUUUGUUGCGGCAAAGGGUCACAAUCCAGAAGAGGAAGUUAAAAGUGCAGAAAGAUCAAUGCAACUGAUGGGUGGCUCUUUGCUGCAACUGCACCCAGUGAAAUCGCAUAGCCCACACGGACAGAGGACUGCUAUCAUAUGCUUAAAGGAUCGCCGCACCCCAAAGAAGUACCCACGUGAGCCAGGUACACCAGCAAAGUCACCAGUUUGAUAUCCAUUCAUAUCCUUGUAUGAUCUUCACUCUUCUUGUAAAAAUUAAAGAUGAAAAAAUUGUAGGUUUGUUGUAUUCUCGCAUCUAAUAGUUGAUGGAACGGAUGUCAGCAAUGAAAAUUUACCUGCUAAUCAUUUCCCAUGUUGACUUGUGACAGUAAUAGUUACAUUUACUUUUUUGACAUAUUAUUCAUUGGUGAAUGUGCUCUUGAAAUUCUUCAACUUAGCUAGUUGAAUAAAUAAGGAACUAGAAUUCUAGUAACUCCAUAAUCCUAACUGAUACUCCAUUGUGCAUAGGACUUCUAGUUAGGAAUCUUCAGUGUGAACUAUGAGGCCAAUUUGCCAGAUAUGAU